UCAGCGCGAGGAGUGGCUUCUUCAACUUCUGCUUCUCGAGACAGACGAGUGACUCGUCCUCCCCCAGAUGGAAGAGCAGCUACUUUCAUAAACAAUUGAGUGAAAACAUUAGUUUAAAAGAUUUUGACUCGGUGAAAAUAUUUUUUUUUGAAAGCUGAAGCCAUGUUUGUGGUGUGUUCGCGAACUUGAUAGUAAGGAUGGAGUCGUCUUGUCUGGACCUUGCUCUGGAAGGUGAGCGGCUCUGUAAGGCUGGUGACUAUCGUGCUGGUGUGUCCUUCUUUGAGUCUGCCAUCCAGGUUGGGACAGAGGACCUUCAAAUCCUUAGCGCCAUCUACAGCCAGCUGGGCAACGCCUACUUUCACCUACAGGAGUAUAACAAAGCCUUGGAAUACCAUCGACAUGACCUCACGCUGACCAGAACAAUUGGAGAUGAGCUUGGCGAGGCAAAAGCCAGUGGCAACCUUGGGAACACAUUAAAGCUUUUGGGACGGUAUGAUGAAGCAGUGGUUUGUUGCCAAAGACAUUUGGAUAUCACUAGAGCCAUUUACGAUAAGGUUGGGCAGGCCCGAGCGCUGUAUAAUUUCGGGAACGUUUACCACGCCAAGGGCAAGGGCAUCUGCUGGACUGGAGCUGACCCAGGAGAGUUUUCAGAGGAGGCCAGGAUAGCCCUGAGGAAAGCUGCGGAGUACUAUGAAGCAAACCUGUGCAUGGUGAAGGAGUUGGGCGAUAAGGCAGCCCAGGGUCGUACCUAUGGUAACCUUGGCAACACUUACUAUCUACUGGGUGACUUUGAGACUGCAGUAGCUGCACAUGAAAAGCGGCUGCUCAUCGCUAAAGAGUUUGGGGAUAAGUCAGCUGAGAGGAGGGCCCACUGUAACCUCGGCAAUGCUCAUAUAUUCCUCCACCAGUUUGAAGUGGCCGCCGGUCAUUACAAGAGGACUCUGCAGCUGGCCAGGCUGUUGAAGGACAAGGCAGUGGAGGCUCAGGCCUGUUACAGUCUGGGUAACACCUACACACUACUCAAGGACUAUGAGAGAGCCAUCGAUUAUCACCUCAAACAUCUGGUCAUUGCUCAGGACCUCAACGACAGGGUCGGUGAAGGAAGAGCGUACUGGAGUCUAGGAAAUGCCCACACCGCCCUAGGGAAUCAUCAGCAAGCCAUGUACUUUGCUGAGAAACAUCUGGAAAUUGCAAAAGAGACGGGGGACAAAAGUGGAGAGAUGACAGCCAGGAUGAACCUGUCCGACCUACGGCUGGUUGUGGGCCUGAAGUCCAACUCCAACUUCAACCCCAACUUCUUCCGCAACACUAACACGAACAGCUGCGUUCUUUCAGCAAGCUUCCAGGGUUACCCCAACAUCUCAAGGGCCAAGUCUCCAUCCCAGAGAAGCAGUGUAGAAAAUCUGGAAAUAAGUCCAAGUCCUGACAAAAAUCCAACUGAAGAUUCAUCGCCACAUCCGGACUGGGACGAGGAGGUAUUCCCUGGGUCUUCAAAAAACAACACAAUCAAGGCCUCUACCAAGCUCUUCCUUUUUCACCGACUGAGAAGCAAGAAGCAGAAGAACAACAAAUCAUCUCUUAAAGCCCAUCCAGAACCCCGUACCGAGGACUCUGCUCCUGAGCCGGACACACUGCUGUCUCCUAAGCCAGGAUCACGGGACACUAUUGGAGAGGACGGCUUUUUCGACCUCCUCUCUCGUUUCCAGGGCAACAGAAUGGACGACCAAAGGUGCUCCCUACUGGAUGGCCCGAGCCAUCUCCCUCCUCACUCCUCUCCCUCCUCCACCCCACCUGUAGCUGAAAGGAAAUCUAUUUUGGAGUGCGAAACACCGUUGCAGGAUCCUGGUCAUUUCCUGGAGCUGCUGGCCAGCUCCCAGGCCCGUCGUCUGGACGACCAACGAGCCAGCCUGAGCCAUUUUCCUGGCUUACGUCUCAGCACCUCCAACCCGCCUCGUACACCCACCACCUCCAGCACAGAUCGAGUCCACCCAACACCCCCAGUCUCCAGUACAGAGGCCCGUCACACACCCUCCCUUUACAGUCGCCUCGAGGCAAGUGAUGAUCAGCCAGAGGGGGAUGAUGUCUUCUUCGACAUGUUGGUGAAGUGCCAGGGCUCCCGACUAAACGACCAGAGGUGUGCUGCUCCAUCUUCUGCAAAAAAAGGAACAACAGUUCCUGACGAGGAUUUUUUCAGUCUCAUCCUGCGUUCUCAGGCCAACAGGAUGGAGGAGCAGCGAGUUCUGCCACCUGGCGUCACACAAUCCAAACCAGACUGACCCCAUGAGGGAUCUUUUUCUCUUGUCAUCUCACGAUAACAGAUGAAGAAACCAUGCUUCCUUUUCAUGAAGUUUUUUUUUUUUGUAACCCACAUUACUCUUGAUUCUUGCCUUUCUGGACUGUCUUGACAAAGUUCCUGCAAGACUGCCAAGAAUACAAGGGACCCUACAAGCAAUUGAAGUACUGAACUGGUCAUUCUGACAGUAGAAAUCAUUGGAAGGUUAGGUUUUCAAGACUUAUGGACUUGUUUCUAAGAUAUGUGACGGCAUCUCUGGGUAGUCUCUUAUUAGUGAUGCCCUCUGCUGUCUGUUUUAGACCUGGUGUCGUCUGGCUACUCUGGAGGCUUCAAGCCACUCAAACUGUUGGUUGUAGUGGUUUGUGUUCGAACUAAAGUAUUCCAAGGACGACAGCCAAACCAAAGGGAAAUUCUGCAUUGUGAUGAUGGACAUAAAAGUCAUUUUAUGAACCCAACUCAAGCCAAGUGGAACAUUGCAUGGCCUGUUCUGCCCACCUGCACUCUUUCAGAGCUGUACGUGUUGGUUUGAAUUGAUCUCAGACCUCUCCAACAAUAACUCGGAGAGUCAACGGACAAAUCUCUGGGGAAAUAAAGGCCAACAUCCACCUUAACUCUUGCACUGGUGACUAGUGGAGUCAGAAUCUGCUUCCUAAUAUUGCUUUUGAGGACUCAAAGAUGGUCUGUUUUACACUUUGAGAGGUUGUAUAAGUGGAGUUGUUAUUGCCAUCAACUGAAAUGGGAUUACUUUUUUGUUUUUACAAGAUUUUACAGGGAAUUAACUAGUGAGAAAAGAAUGUUAUUAUAGCUUUUAUAUUGAUACCUUCUCCUGACAGUGGAGAAAUAAAAUCUCAUGAAUUUAAAUCA